CGCACAUAUCAGUAUCUGUAUCUAAAUGCGCGAUAACCAAGUAUGACCUCAUAAAAUCUUCCACUGAAAUCGAGCCUCGGAGAGUUGUUGUGACUCAUGCACGCUGUAGUGAGGAACUGCGUUCUCUCCCGGCUAGACCUUCCACUCACACUUGUGGAGAAAUGUGCAUCGCCUAUACAUCCCACAAGAGGAGACAGAGAUUCGGAAGGCAUCGCUCGAAAGUUACUAAGUGUUAUAUUUUCCGUGUGUUACAUUGGACCAGCAGCUACCACAUCCAAUGUACUAUCGCCAUAGUUCAUCUGAAAAAAUAAAAGCAUUUUGAUUCCAACAUAUGAUUUUAAGUAAAUAAGAAAGACAAACAGGAAUAUCUAAUUGAUAAAUUAAGUAUUACGUGGCAGCACAUUUCACAACUUUCGCCCGAAGGAAAUGCCUUAGAGAUAAUCAAAAGGUUUUAAUAGUUCACUUGUGAUAUUGAUAGCAUCAGAUUCCACUUUCGCUGACAAAAAAAUGAAAAAAGAACAAUUAAGGUUACUUAUUAGAUAAUUCGGGUAAUACAUGGCAUCGCGCAGUACAUCGCUCCCGGCGCAUCAGGGAGGAUCUGCGACGCACUUGUGUCGUCUGCAGCUUCGGUCGUCGACCCUCUGGCACCUUUGUACUCAAAUCAGCUCCUGUGGUCGUGUUUUCUCCUUCAACGAUUAAAAAAACUAACUGAACUGUAUUUUAGAUAGUGCUUGUUAUAAUAUAAGUGACGGUGAUCCCACUGAUAUAAUUUUGUUGAGAUUUUUGUUUUUAAUCUGUGAGUGCCUGAAAGAAACGAUCGCUACUCCGUGAACAGCUGAUUAUGGCAGUCUUCUUCCUGAACCACUGCAAGUUUAAUGGCUGUGGAUUAUCAUUUCCCAACCUGCUAGAGUUAAUCCAACACAUCGAGGAAAUACAUAUAGAUCCAGCAGCAGAGGCAGUACAGGAAACGCAACAGCCCUCAUGUCUUCCUCUCUCCUCUGUCCUGCGUUUCUUCAGUCCAGGGGUUCCCAGAGCAGCCCCAAGGAAGCACCCUCUUAGUAAUAAAUCCUCCGGUGGCCCCCAGGCAAAGGUGGCCAAGCUCAGCCAUACUAAAACAGCAAGUAAACACACAAAUGGGAAGUCACCGCCAUCAGGCUUGGGCACCAAUGCCACAAACAGUAUGCAUCUGUCUUCACUCCUCUUAUCAACCAGCAAGAGCACGGGAGGGAUUGCCUCGGGCGGCUCAAGCGGAGGAGGCUCAAGCGUGGGAGGUUCCAGUGUGGGCACUCCAUCCUCCACGCGAGAGAGCACCCCCGUCAGCGCGCUCAGUAACAGCCCUCCAGUAAGUGAUUGUGAGGAGACGCUGCUGAGUGAGAACGAGGAUAGCAAUGACUCAUGGACUACACAAGAUGAGAUACCUGCAGAAGUAAUCAUCAAGCUUGCCAGCAAAGGUCAUUCCAAUAGCAAUGGGGAGGAUAAGCCUUACAUCUGUCCAGUAGUUGGUUGCAGGAAAAGAUACAAGAAUGUGAAUGGCAUAAAAUACCAUGCCAAAAAUGCCCAUAAAAAAGAUAGCAAAGUUAGAAAACCAUACAGAUGUUACUGUGGGAAGAGUUAUUGUACAAAUCAGGGACUUAAAACCCACUGCUCUCAUUCUCAUAAGAAUGAGAGUAUGACAGCGGUGACAACAAAUACAGGGGAGGUGUUGCAGGUACCAGCCAACCAAAUCUCGUCGGGAGGAAGUCCUACUGCUCAACUUUUAAAUAAUAACAAUAGAACUUUGUCAAGCACUAUGGCAUCUCAACUAAGUAAGUCAUCUAGUACAGAAAGCAGUAUUCAGGUGAGUGGAACAAUGCCUGUGACCAAUAUUAACAACCAAAUUGCUGUCACCGGACAGAUCAUUAAAGGAGGAUCUUCAGCAUCCACGAAAGGUACAACUACAAUUUCAAGUAUAAACUUAUCUGGUCUUGUGGCGGGGGGCAGUGGAAAAAUUGCUCUCAAGGCUCUUCCCAGUGGUCAGUUACUUCUUUCGCAACCUCUAGAAGGUAAAUUAACUGCUUUAGUAAAAUCAGAUCAAAGGCAAGAUUUAUCUAUAGAUGAUGGUAAGAUGAAUCUUGUACAACUAAAAUCUGAUAACUUUCAGCAGUUGGAAUUUAGCAAAUUACUUCAGUUAAAUUCCAAGUCAUCACAGCAUCAACUGGCUGUCACUACGUCCACACUAUCAGUCGCCAUCCCUACGAGUUCAUUGAAUUCCUUCAAGGGGGCUCAGAAGUCUUCAUCAGUAUUAGCACGGGCACUCAAGAGCCAGCUUUCAACAAGUCAGACAGGCAUUACAACUGUGCUAGGGUCCACUGAUAGUCAGGUAGAUGACAGUGUUUUGGGUGGACAGGGUGUAAUUUUAGGAGUAACUAUGGAAGAGGGCACUCUUAUUGAUAAUGGGGAUGGGACACUUUCAGAACUAGCUGUGAUUGAGUAGAUAAUUAACAAGUUGUAUGUAUAAGAAUAGUUACCUUAGAUUAUUCAAAUCUGGAAAAAAAAGAAAAAAAAAUUAUGGAACCGGUAACAACACUGUACUUGCAUAGUGUCACUUUUUCAGGUUCUCAGAGUAAUAUUCUUUUAUUUUAAAUUUUCUUGUUAAAGUAAUAAAAGUAAAUAGUUUGAAAGUAGGAAGUAGUUGUUACAUUGAUUUUGUUUGUAUAUCUUGUGUUCCGUAAUUCUUGUAGAACUUUUGAAAUUAAAAUAUUGAAGGUCAGAUUUGAAUAAUAUUAAGGGAAAUCCCAAUUGGUAUAUUUUUUACUCUGUAUUAAUAGAGUGUUAGGGAAAGAAACCCAACACUGAUGUAGGUUUCAUGUUAUUUACAAGUGGAUGCUAUUUGUAUAGUGAUGGCUAAUUUUGUCAGAAAAAAGAGGAAAUUAUUAUCCUUGAAGAGAGAAAAAAAGUAGAUUUCAUGUAUGCUUGUUUUAUUGGUUAAGUUUAUAUUAGUUCUUUCUAGUCCCACAUAGCUAUCAAAUUAUAGACCUGUACUGCAAUAUGUUCUAUAUAACUUAUUAGCUUCCACAUUGUAAAAAGAAAAAAAGAAAAGUAAUAAUAAAUCAUAUGAUACAUGUACACAGAGUAUAUACAUUUAAGGUCACACUUUAUGAGUAUUCUCCAUUCGGAGCCUCUAAAAAAAGUACCUGGAAAUUCACCUAAUAUCUCCAUCCACAUUUUGCAUGUAAAUAGAAAUGAUAUUCAUCAGCUGAAUGUUUUAUAUCAUAGUCCUAUCUCAUCUCUGUAAAUAUUAUUAUGUUAUGUCCUGAUAAACUAUUCAUACCAUGUUAAGUGUCUUAGUCCUAGCAGGCAUUAUAAAAAGUUGGAUUAUAUUGUAGGUCUAGGGGCAGAGGCAAUGGUUUCGUAAUAUUCUGAGGAUACCUGAAUUAUUGUCUAAUUACUGGGUAGUGUGUGUGUGAAAGGGACAAAGAGGAGAGGAUGAUUAAAAGCAGCAAGGAGAGAGGGAAGUGAGUGAAUGGUUGUGUGAAUGGGGGAAUAAACAAGGGUUUACAUGAAAGGGUUUGGUCAGUCAGAUUUUCUUUAAGCAGAAUAGCAUGAUUACCAACUCUUAGUAGUGGCACAAGUUAGAUUAUACCAAAGGGCAUUGUUAUAAAGGACACUGAAUUAAAAAAUCAUAAAAAAAAAUAUGUACUGAUUAUCAAGGCAUGAGGCUUUCAUUCCACCCUGACUGGAUUUGUGCUUGAUAAGCCUAUUUCAGCUGAAGGGCAUAAGCAGCAUUCAUUAACAGUUGACUUUUUGCUCAUUCUCAAUGGAGAGAUGAAAAUUUAAAUGAGUAACUUGAAUAGAAACUGAAGUGAGUUGCAUAUGUUGUAUAGAAAUUGAAGUAUAUAUUACUACUGUUUCAACUGUUUGACACUGCUUAUCCAGGUAAAUUUUGAAAGUGGGGACCUAACAUUGUUAGUGUGUACCCACAUUGCUCAUGUUUAUACAAUAGAUACAUAUGAUACUCCUUAUGCUUUGUGCAUUUUUUGCUGUGUCCAAAUACAAGGAUUCCUGUUAUCUUAUUUCUCUCUCUGCGUCAACAAGGUAGGAAUUGAUGGGACAUUUGUCUUUUAAUAUGACUUAAAACACUGUGAAAAAGUUAAGGAAAAUAAGGUGUGUUUAUGUUUGUACAGUUACCAAACUUCCUAGAUAGACAUACAUGCAUGUAUGUUCAUCUUCAUAUAUGUAGACACAUAUUUAUUCAUAUGUGUAUGUACAUCACCAUGUUAAGUUUUGCUUUUUUUAUUGAUACUUUUGGUUGAUUAUUAUUACAGUAGGAACAGUAACCUUCCUAUGGACAUUUUUCCCCAAAUGUUAGCAAUGCUAAAAAAGAAAAACAUACAUACAGCAUGUGGUUCAAGUUUCAUCUUUAUUUUCCAGGUUUCUUUGUAAUUGGAACUUAUAUUUGUUUACCUGUCUUCUGCGCUAAAAAAAUACUAUCUAGGGAGAAAAUGGUGACUGAAUACAACUUAUUGCAAAGAAUGAAUAAAUUUUGGAAUAGAUUUUAAUGCAUUGCAGAGGGCAAAUAAUGCUAAUGUUUUUAGCUUUGUCCAGUCAAAAUUUCAACAUGGUGAUUGUCAUGUGGAGAGUAUUAGGCAUGUUUAUUAGAAGUCAAUGAAGAAGAAUCAUGUCAUAUUGGUAACUUCAGUUUUGGAAUCUUGCUUUGGUUUUCUUUUUCUCUCUGUAUUCCCAGUAAGAUUUUUGUCUUACCCAAUGGAAGCCUUUGUAUGGUUAACCUUGAUAGGAAGCAUAUUAUCCAUAAGUGUCCUUCAAACAGCUGUUGUUGUAUUUCAUGUGUAUGAUUCACAAUCAGGUUUGAGCAAAACAAAAAUUUUAAAGAUUAGCCUGAAUGACUGUAGAUGCAUCUGAUUCAGGAAGUUUUAAAGAAUAUUCAGGUGUUUUGCAUGAAACUAAGGUGAGAAAAGUAAUUACUGUGUAAUAACAUCUUUGUUUAUAUGUUUUUCUAGUAAACUAAAUGGCUAAAAUAAAAAAUCAAGAUGUAAUUGGUUGUAUUUAAGGUAUUGUGGAAAAGAUAUUGUGAAAGAAGUGUAAUUUAUAACAUAGUGGGUUCUUUAUUGUAAGUGUCAUGAGUCACAGGUGACCAUCAUUUACCAUUACUGUUUGAUGUAUUUUGGGGAUUGUCAGUAUCCUUUGAAGCUGGAUCAUAGCAAGAGCAUGAUUAAUAUUUCAGUAUUUGAGAGUAUUGGAAAGUUAACAUUUUUAUGAGAUUUUAUUGAUCAGUAAUCUUUUAUUCGGGAGAAUUGUUAUAUGUUUUGUGUUAUCAAUAUUCCUGUUUCCUAAGUGUUUAUAAUUAUCAUUUUUAUUAUUAUUAUUAUUAAUAUUAUUAUUAUUAUUAAUAUUAUUAAUAUUAUGGUUAUUGUUAUUAUGAUUAAUAUAAUUAUAUUAUUAGUAGUAGUAUUAGUAGUGGUAGCAGUAGUAGUGGCAGUAGUAGUAGUAAGAAGAGUCAAAUUGCAGUUUUUGUCAUUUGUCAUUUUUGUCAUUGUCAUGAUUAUAGUUAUUUUGAAGAGAGGAUUAAUGUAAAAAGAAAAUGUUUCAUUGUAAUAUGGUUGGAAUGUGCUAAGAGUGUCAUAGAAUAUUGUUUGUUAUACACAUCAGUUGUAUUGCAUAUUUUUUCUUAGUUGCAUAUAUUUCAAAUCCCCUUUUUCCAUAGUGAAAAACAACAAAAAGUUAAUCAUUAUAUUAUAUGUAAUAAGAUGUUAUAGUGAGUAGAAUUGUUAAAGUUGACUGAAUAUUAUUAUAUUUGGGAAUGUAUUUAUGGAUUCAUUUACUGUUUGUCAAAGGAAAUGUAUUUAUGAUGUGGAUUUCUUUGAAAAUCUAUGAAAGUAAAAGGGAUUAUUCUUUUGUUAUUAAUACUUUCUUUUCUUUCUUAGUUUUUGAGAAGAAAAUAUAGUUACUUUUCUGUACCUUUCCUGUGGGGAAAACAAGAGUCCCUGGGUUAUAAUCCUUGGCCUUUGGUGGCAUUCAGUAGUUGUCUGAUGCAUUUUCAGCCAUAUUUCUUUGCUUUUAUUAUGUUUUGCCACAUUUGGAAAACAAUAUUUCCUACACUUUUUUUCUUUGGUGAAACUAAUGCUGUUAAUGCCAUAUUAUGUCUCUUUCCACAUGAAAUUGAUACCCAGCUAUCACUAAGACUUCUCACACUUCUCAUUGUUAACAAGUGUCAUCCAUCAUGGGGAAUAUUUUGUAGAAUAAUUACACUUAAUCAUUACAUAGUUUUUACAGUUUGUCACCUAUUGCUACAUUUGUAGCGAUAUAAAUGUAACCUCUUAUGAGAGGGUUUUAUUAUUGGAAAAAUGCUAAUCUUGUUCUAAUAUUCAGAAUACUGUAUAUGGUGUGUAAUCAAGAGCAGGGAAUAUUCAUCUCAAAUUAGACAACUGUGGUUUAUUAAUAUUCCAAGUGUUGGGUAUGCUAUUGCUGUUCCCGUUCCACUUGCUGGUUUUCAGUUCUUUGAAACAAGGGAAGUGAACCUGACCCAAUACUGAAAUACACUGGUAUUUUUUUUUCUCUCUUUAGUUAUAGAAAACAAAAAUAAUACUAAUGCAUGUUUUGUUCUAUUCUCUGUCUUGUAGCAUAGUUGAAAGGCUUUCCUUUUAAAGAUGACACACUAUUUUUUAAAGAUGUUGAAAAUGUCUGAUCUUAAGUUAUUUUCUUUAAAAACCCUCAGGGAUUAUUUACUACAUAUAGAAAAAGAUAUUGCAUGCCAUUGUGAUUACAAGAUUAUUAACAUCAGAUGUACUGUAACAUUUAUUUUAGAUAAUGGGAAAAUAUACAAGUAACAACCAUAAGAUCUAAGAAUUAAUUUAGGGAUUUCUUUCCAACUCAUUGUCAGCGUUGCACUCUCUUAUUUUUGUCUCCCUUUCUCGUUUCGGUCAUCACUUGAUGUCAGGGGAUAAUUUAAGGUGAUUUGAUACUGCCUUUUAUCUUUCAAGGUCUCUUAACCUCUGCAAGUGGUUAGGGAGUCUUAGCAGUUAGAGCAAUCCAGCGAUGAUUGAUAACAAAGUAUUUAUUGAAAAAGAAAAUGAUUGAUACCAUAGCAUAUAAUAUGUAUGACACAUGCAUGUGUACAGUCACACAUGAAUACACAAAUAUCUGCAGACACAGACAUACAUAAACAGACACAUAAGGAGACACCCAUAGUCACACAUGCAUGCACACACUUUUUCAGGGAGCAUGUCAGUUUGUCAUUUAUUGACCACCAUUAUUUGGUUGUGAUUGAUAUACUACCUGCAAAUUUUAAUUUCAUCUCUCUCUCUCUUUCUCUUUCUCUCUCUGCUCUUUCUCUUUCUCUCUCUGCUCUUUCUCUUUCUCUCUCUGCUCUUUCUCUUCUCUUCUCUCUCUGCUCUUUCUCUUUCUCUU